UCUUACGACAUUAAAAGAGUUUCAGCUGCUUUACACUUUCUGAGCAUUAUGACCUAUGAUAUGCAUGGUGCCUGGGAUAACCAUUGUGGUUUGAAUUCACCUUUGUAUGAAUGAUCGGCAGACAAGACCGACAUACAAAAGCAGUUGAACGUGAAUGCAAGUAUUCACUAUUGGCUUUCACAAGGCACUCCGAGGGAGAAAAUAAUAUUGGGUAUUCCACUGUACGGCAGAUCUUUUACCUUCGUCAACCCUGCCGAUAGCCACAUUGGUGCUGCCACGACUGGUCCUGGAAUUGCAGGUCAAUACUCCCAGGAGCCAGGAGUGAUGGGCUAUAACGAAUUCUGCGAGAAGCAACAAUCAGAACAGUGGCACAUUCACUUCAACGAAGAACAAAAGGGCGUUUUUGCUACUAGCGGAAAUCAAUGGGUUGGUUAUGAGAAUCCGGAAACGAUCGCACUAAAGAUGGAAUAUCUUUUGAAUUUGGACCUCGGCGGAGCAAUGGUAUGGUCUUUGGAAAGUGACGAUUUCCUGGGUGUGUGCAACGAUUCAAAUUAUGUCUUGAUGAACACCAUAUACCGUUCUUUCCACAACGGCACUGAAGCACCUGCUGUACCUACUACCCCUGCAACAUCUACUACGACAUCGAAUUCGGCAUCUGCAACUCCUAAUGAAUGUUCUACAGAGGGGAUAUUUCCGAGUCCAAACUCGUGUCAAGAAUACUAUGUUUGCACCAGCGAUGGUCGACGUUUCAACUUUUCCUGUCCAGAUGGAUUAUGGUUUGACCCGGUGUUUAAUUUUUGUAACUGGCCUGAACAAGUCAAUUGUGAUUCAUUUGAGACGAUUUAAAUACAUGUGGGUAUCAACUUUUUAGUUAAUAUAGGGUAACAAGCACAAUUUCGCCGUUUCUAUUAUAACCUUAACCGUUUGAAACAAUUUUUUAAAGCAGUGUCUGUCAUCUUUGUUUGUUGGUAUGAUUCUUUCAAAUGAAAAAAAAACAAGUCUUUUUGU